AUGACCGCCAACAGCGCGUCACAACUCUUGGCGCUACUUCUUUCAAGAGACCCGGUGUGCUCUGGUGUUCCGCAAGGCAGUGUCUUAGGACCAAUACUCUUCCUCCUGUAUGUGAAUGACUUACCAGACGCUGUGACGUACUCGACAGUUGCGUGUUUUGCAGAUGACACCAAAAUCUUCCGUAGAAUUGACUCCAUCACCGAUGCUAUGUUACUCCAGGACGACAUCAAUAACCUUGAAUCCUGGUCCAUGUCAAGCGGUCUCGUGUUUAACGAAGGAAAAUGCAAAA